GGCGACCUUCCUUCGAUGAUCUUUGGCCCGUGAACUCUCCAUAUAAAGAGACCUCAAAUACCCACAUCAUCAACUCUCAUAACCUCUAUCUCUGUUCCUCAAACGGGUACGGUUGCCGUGAGUUAUCUUCUUUGGCUUCCGCUGAUUGCGGCUCUGUGACUCUGGAAUUAAUGGUUGCUGCUACGGUGGAACUCUGAGUAAAAAAGGGAAUCUGAUCCCGAGCUUCUUCAAUGGCGGGUUUCCAGAAAGGUAAGGCUUUUGUGCUUUUGUUUUUUGUCUUACCUUUAGACCUUCCUUCGGGUUUUAGGGUUUUAGCAAAUUCUAAUGCUUUGCCAAGUGAACAAGAACGUGAAUAUGAAAUUAGAGAACCUAAUUAUGAAAAAGGGAUGGGUAGUUCAAGUCUGUUGGAUAGGCAAGAAAACCAGUUGGAAAUGCUUGAAAACCUAGUGAAAAACCUCAGUGAAGCUGUGGCUAGGCUGGAAUCAAGGUUACCUGAUUGUCGGAAGGUUGGCUCUGUUGAGAAUGAGCGGCAUAGGAUCGAGGAACCGAGAUUUGAUAUUGAGAACAAGGAUCCGGAGGAGAAGAUUGAGGGGGGGAAUUACGAUGAAGUUGAUGAUAAGGGUUUUGCUGGUAAAGCUAAAGAGGUAGAAAGCAGGAGAGGGGUUUCAGUGACGAAGUAUUAUCCAUCAUGGUCGGACAGGUUUCAGUUCUUGUCGGCCGUGAAGCUGGAAUAUGAAGCUACUGCCAUUAACGUUUUGCCGGAGUUUGAUGGGUUCAGUAACAAGUAUGUAGCUAUUGGAGAUGAAAGGGGGAGGGUAUUUAUUUUUGUUCCGAAUGGAGAAGUAUUGGUUGAGUUCGACACGUUGUCGGAUUCUCCCAUUACGUCAAUGCUUUCUUACCUUUCUCUCCAAAAGAAUGAGACUGUUUUGGUAACUGGGCACAAGAAUGGGGUGAUUCUGGCCCAUCGGGUUUGGGAGGCUUCCAAUGGAGAGGAGUGGCAUUCACUUUCCAUGGCGAAUCUCCGAGCAUUUGAAUCUGUGAGAAAUGAAGAAGAGGGUUUGCAGAUUACAAUCUUGGAAGUGCAUCAAGUUGGAAGGAUGAGAUAUAUUCUGUCUUCUGAUGUAAGUGGGAAGAUUGCAGUUUUCCGGGAGAACGGAACAGUUUUUGGUUCAAUCGCAUCAGCAAGCCCGCCAUUGGUGUUCUUGAAGCAAAGGCUUCUGUUUUUAACUGAGACUGGUGCAGGAUCACUGGAUCUGAGGAGCAUGAAAAUUAAGGAAUCUGAGUGUGAAGGAAUGAAUGGUUCACUUGCAAGAAAUUAUGUCUUUGAUGCGUUGGAGCGUUCAAAAGCUUAUGGUUUGACGUCAAAAGGUGAUCUGAUUCAUGUGGUACUGUUGGGAGAUAUGGUUAACUUGAAGUGCAGGGUGAGAUCUAAGAGAAAAAUUGAGAUGGAUUGGCCUCUUGCAGUUCAGGCAAUUAAGGGAUACUUGCUUGUUGUCAGUCAAGAGAAGGUCUUUGUGUACAAUGUUUCCUCUCAGCAUUACAUUCGGGCUGGUGGGCCUCGGCCUGUUUUCUUUGCGAGUCUCGAUGAGAUUAGAUCUUCGUUUUUGAAUUUAAACGGGAUGAAUGAUGACUCUAAGAUUAGAAAGAUGGUGCCCUUAAUUGCCAGCGACCAUGAAAAACUUGUCGUUCUUGGCCUUGGAAGUGGUUAUGUGGGUGUGUACCGCUCUAACCUCCCACUUUUUAAGGCGGAAUUCAAUACAAUGCUCUGGACCAGCCCUGUUCUAUUGUUCAUUCUUUUCCUGUUUGGGGCAUGGCACUUAUUCGGGAAGAAGAAAGAAUCAUUUACCUCAUGGGGUCCAGAUGAUCCUUUUGCCACCACAUCAACGGUUUCAGCUGGAGCUUCAUUGGGUGCUGGGUUGGAAGACAGAACGUUUGCAGAUUCUUCUUCAAGGACUAAUGAUAUCAUGGAAAUGAGAGGGGGUGGUCUGAGAGGUCAAUCAAGAAGGUAUGAGUCUCCUUCCCCAUAUCCUGGUAGUGCACCGGUUCCCUUUAGGCCAAGUACUGCUGAUCCUAACUAUAAAGUAGGUUCCUCCGAUCCGAGUUUUAGAACUGCUGCAGAACUGAAAUACAGGGGGCCAAAUCUAGAAACUACAGGCUUCCCAAAACGAAGAGAGAAUCUAUUUUCAAACACCCAAGUUGUGGAGGAUAGCAUUAAUUGAUGCAAUGAGUAAUUUUGUAUGCAGUUUUUCCUGUAAAAGUUAAAGAGUUCCCCAGAUUUUGAUUUCCAGCUUUUUUAGCUUACACAUUUCAGGCUACCUAAUCUUGCUGUUGUUGUGACUUUCAAUUAUAUAAAAAAAUAUACUCACAUAAACUGGACAUAUCUCA